AGAAAACCAAUAAUUGUAUCGAUAGUGCCACUUCUAAUUUGGUAAUUAUAAUCAGAAUCAUUCUCAAUUUCUACAAAACUUUCGGUGAUAUCAGUUAGUUAAAUAUUAUACAUUGUGUUAGCAUUAUGUCAACUACACAUAGACAACGUUAUAAAAAUGCUGCAUUGGAUUCGUCUGAAAUGCGCCGAAGACGUGAAGAGGAAGGAGUCCAAAUCAGAAAACAGAAACGAGAACAACAAUUAAUAAAAAGACGCAAUGUUGUUUUGGAUAUACCCCAAUCUGGUUUGGAUAUUGGAGCUGAAGAGAUUGAAGUGAAUCGCAUUUCCGACCACUUUUCGGAAGAACAAAUCAAUCACAAAAAUCAACUAACAAUUUCGAGGACACUUUCCGAUCAAAAUAAGCCGGCGAUUAAUAUCAUUAUAAAAAAACAGAUGAUAGAACUAUUGUUUAGUGAGAAUGAAGCAGAGCAACUAGAAGCCACUCAAAAGUUCCGUAAGCUUUUAUCUCGUGAUCCAAAUCCGCCGAUAGAAGAAGUCAUCCAAAAAGGGAUAGUUCCUCGAUUUGUAUUCUUUCUCAAGAAUAAUUCAAACGCAUCGUUGCAAUUCGAAGCUGCUUGGACAUUGACUAAUAUUGCCUCAGGGACGUCACAGCAAACUAAAAUUGUAAUUGAUGCGGGCGCCGUUCCCGUUUUCAUUGAUCUAUUAUCGAGUAAUAAUGACGAUGUUCAAGAACAAGCAGUUUGGGCUCUUGGAAAUAUAGCUGGUGAUUCGCCAAGUUGUCGUGACUACCUACUAAACUCGGGAAUACUUCAACCAUUGUUUCAGUAAGCUUAAUUUGUAGUCAAUAGA